AUGGCUCAACCAGGUGAACCGGAGCCAUUGGUCUCCUCUUUAUGGACGCGAUCCCUAAUUUCCGGAGCCAUCGCCGGCCUCACAGUUGACUGCUCCCUUUACCCCCUCGACACGAUCAAAACCCGCCUCCAAAAAGCGCGCACACAAGGCCCUUCCACAACAUCCGCCGCCGCAUCCAGCCUCUCCCUCCGCCAAACCAUCCGCGGCAUUUACGCCGGUCUUCCCUCCGUGCUCUUCGGCUCCGCCCCGUCCGCCGCAUCCUUCUUCAUCGUCUACGAUGGCGUGAAACGAUACCUCCUCCCGUCCCCCUCCUCCGGCGUCAAAGAUACCCCCUCCCGCUCCCACAUCGUCCUCACGCACUCCCUCGCCUCCUCAAUGGGCGAAAUCGCUGCCUGCGCCGUCCGCGUCCCCACCGAAGUCGUGAAACAGCGCGCCCAAGCCGGUCUCUUCGGCGGCUCGAGUCUCCUCGCCUUCAAAGAUAUUCUCGCCCUCCGGAAUGCCCCCAAUGGUGGGGUGGGCCAGGUCCUCGGCGAGUUGUAUCGUGGUGCUGGGAUUACGAUUGCGAGGGAGAUUCCGUUCACUGUGUUGCAGUUUACUAUGUGGGAGAGUUUGAAGGAGGGGUAUGCGAAGAAGGUCGGUGGUGGUAGUGGCGAUGGGGUUGUGCCUGCGUCGACGAGUGCUAUGUUUGGGAGUGUUGCCGGAGCUAUUUCGGCGGGUUUGACCACCCCGUUGGAUGUUGUUAAGACUAGGGUUAUGCUUGCGAGACGCGGUGGGGAUGGUGAGAGGGUUAGGGUGAGGGAUGUCGUUAGGGAGGUUUAUAAGGAGGGUCUUGGGGCGUUUUGGAGGGGGAUUGGGCCGAGGGUUGCGUGGAUUGGGAUUGGUGGGGCGGUGUUUUUGGGGAGUUAUCAGUGGGCGUGGAAUACGUUGGAGGGGAAGAGGGAGGGGGAGAGGGAGAGGUUGGAGAGGGAGGUGGUUUGA